ACACUACAAUUUUCGUAAACAAUGGAGAGAAUGUAGAUUUGGUUGUUGAGUAUGAAGCCUACCCCAAACCUGAAUACCACCAGUGGAUAUAUAUAUGAACAGGACCGCCACUAACAAGGGGGAAGAUUAUCUCAAAUCCGAUAACCAAAGUAACAUCAGAUAUGUGAACGAGCUCCAUCUGACCAGGUUAAAAGGCACAGAAGGAGGCACUUACACCUUUCUGGUGUCCAAGUCUGAUGUCAGCGCUUCCGUGACAUUUAACGUUUAUGUGAACAGAAAGCCAGAGGCCCUGGCGUCUGAGAGGCUCACAAAUGGCAUGCUCCAGUGUGUGGCAGUGGGAUUCCCGGAGCCCACAAUAGACUGGUAUUUCUGUACGGGAGCAGAGCAAAGGUGUACCGUUUCUGUCCCACCAGUGGAUGUACAGAUCCAGACCGCUUCUGUGUCUCCAUUUGGAAGACUGGUGGUUCAGAGUUCCAUAGACUCCAGUGUCUUCCGGCACAAUGGCACAGUGGAGUGUAAGGCCUACAACGAUGUGGGCAAGAGUUCUGCCUUCUUUAACUUUGCAUUUAAAGAGCAAAUCCAGCCCCACACGCUGUUCACACCGCUGCUCAUUGGCUCCGUGGUCACAGCUGGCAUAAUGAGCAUCAUUGUGAUGGUUCUUGCCUACAAAUAUUUACAGAAACCCAUGUAUGAAGUACAAUGGAAGGUUGUCGAGGAGAUAAAUGGAAACAAUUAUGUUUACAUAGACCCGACACAACUUCCUUAUGAUCACAAAUGGGAGUUUCCCAGAAACAGGCUGAGUUUUGGGAAGACGUUGGGUGCCGGUGCCUUCGGGAAGGUUGUUGAAGCCACUGCAUAUGGUUUGAUUAAGUCGGAUGCUGCCAUGACAGUCGCGGUGAAGAUGCUCAAACCAAGUGCCCAUUUAACGGAAAGAGAGGCCCUCAUGUCAGAACUGAAGGUCCUGAGCUACCUGGGCAAUCACAUGACUAUCGUGAAUCUCCUUGGAGCCUGCACUGUGGGAGGGCCCACCCUGGUCAUUACAGAAUAUUGUUGCUAUGGUGAUCUCUUAAAUGUUUUGAGAAGAAAACGUGAUUCAUUUAUUUUCUCGAAGCAAGAAGAUCAGACAGAAACGGCACUUUAUAAGAGCCUCCUGCAUUCAAAGGAGACUUCCUGCAGUGACAGUACAAAUGAGUACAUGGACAUGAAGCCUGGAGUUUCCUAUGUUGUACCAACAACAGACAAAAGAAGGUCCACAAGAAUAGACUCGUAUAUAGAAAGAGAUGUGACUCCUGCCAUCAUGGAAGAUGACGAGCUGGCUCUGGACCUGGAAGAUUUGUUGAGCUUCUCCUACCAAGUGGCCAAGGGCAUGACGUUCCUUGCCUCCAAGAAUUGUAUUCACAGAGACUUGGCAGCCAGGAACAUCCUUCUCACUCAUUGUCGGAUCACAAAGAUUUGUGACUUUGGUCUAGCCAGAGACAUCAGGAAUGAUUCGAAUUAUGUGGUUAAAGGAAACGCCCGACUGCCCGUGAAGUGGAUGGUACCAGAGAGCAUUUUCUGGAUGGUACCAGAGAGCAUUUUCAACUGCGUGUACACAUUUGAAAGUGACGUCUGGUCCUAUGGGAUUUUCCUGUGGGAGCUGUUCUCUUUAGGAAGCAGCCCCUACCCAGGGAUGCCAGUCGAUUCCAAGUUUUACAAGAUGAUCAAGGAAGGCUUCCGGAUGCUGAGUCCGGAACAUGCCCCUACAGAAAUGUAUGACGUAAUGAAGACUUGCUGGGAUGCCGACCCCCUGAAAAGGCCGACCUUCAAGCAGGUUGUGCAGCUCAUUGAGAAGCAGAUCUCAGAGAGCACCAAGCAUAUUUACUCCAACUUAGCAAACUACAAUCCCAACCCGGAGAACCCCGUGGUGGUGGACCAUUCUGUGAGGGUCAAUUCCGUCGGCAGCAGCGCUUCUUCAACCCAGUCCUUGCUCAUGCACGAAGACGCCUAAGCACAAGUCACGGCCAGCAGGCUUCCCUGCUGUGUCUCCCCGAUUCUGGGGCCGGAGAUUAAACCACCAGCCAGGAGGGUGAGAAGUCUGGGAGAGCUGUGAGAACU